AUGACUGCUGCUCUUAUCGAACUAUUGCUGCAACAUAAUGUUGAUGUUGAAGCUGCAAAUGCAGAAUGUUGGACUUCACUUAUAACAGCUUGCGCCAACGACAAUCUCUAUGCAAUAAAAUGUCUUUUGGAUCAUAAUGCAAAUAUCGAAGCUAUGGAUAAGAAAGCUUCUGAUCACGGCAAUUGUAAUGUUAUUCAAUGUCUUUUUGAUCAUCACGCCAACGUUAAUCAUUCCGGUAUAAAUAAUUUAACUGCUCUUUACAUUGCUAUUGAACGGCAAUCUGUGGAAACGACUGAAUGUCUUAUUAAAUGUAAUGCUGAUAUUAAUCUUCCCGAUAAAGAAAAUCAAACGCCUUUGGAGAAAGCCUUAAAGAUGGAUUCUUCUGGUUCUUAUCCUUCGAAAACGGUACGAAUUUUAAUCUUCGAAGUAGCUAAAUUGAAAGUCGCUGGAUUAAAAUUACCCAAUCACAAUUUGGAUAUACUUCAUAACCAUAAUGUACGUUGGCCUCGUUUGAGCAAGGAAUCACGUUUUACAAAAGAGACUGAACAGAUGAAAAAGAAGAAUAUUGGUAAUAAUGAUAUAAUGCUGUAUGAUUUUCUAAAAAACCAUAUUUGUUUUCUUCCUUAA